AAUGGGCGCAGAAGGCCUGGGCUCUUUAUGGGCUGUUGCACCACUGAGUUUAGUAAUAUUUGUUAAGUGUUUAAAUCUUUCUCUUUUUAUAUUUAGCCUGUGAUAUCCAGCAACAUUUGCAGUCAAUGCUGUACUUACUUCACCCUGAUGAUAUUUUAAAAAUGGCUGUCAAAUUGGAAAGUAUGCACUGUGGUCGAACUCGAUAUUUAGUUGUAGUAUAUCACACUGGGAAAUAUCAAAUGGAAGAAAGUUGUUUGUUGGGUAUCGACUGCAACAAAGAUACAACUAUUGGUUUAGUACUUCCUUUUUGGGCUGAUACUCGUAUAACUUUGGAUGGGGAUGGAGGUUUUAGUGUCACUUCCAGUGGUAGGCAUCAUAUAUUUAAACCUGUUUCUGUUCAAGCUAUGUGGUCUGCUCUCCAAACUCUCCAUAAGGCAAGUUCUCAAGCAAGAGAGUGCAAUUAUUUUAAAAUUGGAGGAACUCAUCAAUGGAUUGAAUAUUAUGAGAAGAAAAUUAGCUCUGACAGAUCAUGUCUGAAUGAAUGGCAUGCAAUGGAUGAUAUUGUGUAUAGAAGGCCUCCUUCACCUGAUACUUUACGUUUACAACCUACGGAACGAGAAGAAACCGAAAGACAUAUACGAACUAAACUGAAGGAGUUAAUGAUGUCAGUGGAUUUAGAUGAAGUUACCAGCAAAUAUAUACGAACACGUCUCGAAGAAAUAUUGGACAUGGAUCUUAAAGAAUAUAAAUCAUUCAUUGAUCAAGAAAUGCUUACUAUUCUUGGACAAAUGGAUGCUCCAACAGAAAUAUUUAAAUAUUUAUAUCUCGGAUCUGAAUGGAAUGCAUCUAAUUUAGAAGAAUUAGUUGUAAAUGGAAUUGGGCAUAUUUUAAAUGUGACACGAGAAAUUGAUAAUUUCUUUCCUGGCAUGUUUGAUUAUCAAAAUAUCAGAGUUUACGAUGAUGAAUCCACUGAAAUAUUGCACUAUUGGGAUAAAACAUAUCGUUAUAUUCAAAGAGCUAAGAAUGAAGGUUCCAAAGUCUUAGUACACUGCAAAAUGGGGAUUAGUCGUUCUGCAUCCGUUGUGAUAGCCUAUGUAAUGAAGGCCUAUGAUUGGGAUUUGCAGAGAGCCCUUGACUUUGUGAAAACAAAAAGAGGAUGCAUAAAACCAAACUCUGGCUUUUUAAAACAACUUGAAAUUUAUCAAGGAAUAUUAGAUGCAAGUAAACAACGCCACAACAGUUUAUGGCGUUCCAAGUCGGAAACAAAUCUCAAAAUCUCCGGAAAACCAAAGAAGAAAACUGACGAUAGGAAACAGAAGCUCCCAGAGAAAAGUGAAUCACUCCAUCAUCUAACUAUCAGUAAUAGUUUAUCAUCUAGGCCUAAAUCUUGGUCUCCAAGUGAAGCUGUGGCGGACAUGCUAUUUCCUCCUCAAAACAAAGGACUGACAGAUAUUUAUUCUAAAAUUAAAAAAGUAAAUGAAGGGAGCAAAAGUACAGAAGUUCUAAGUUCUGAUCCAUCUUUACCUAGAGUUUCAUCGAUUAAAGAUAGAAUAAAUGAACUAGAAUUACAAGUUACAUCUGAUAAGUUAACUAAGCAGGAAGUGAAAUCACCCACAUCUCAGAGUAGAUCUGGUCUUGUUUUCAAUCUUGCCAAUCAAUUUGAGUCAGGAUCUAAACCUUCAUCUCCAGUCGAUGAAGGAUUAUUUAUGAAGCCGCUCUCUGGUGAGGAAAUAGUUCAGCCUGUUUUGUCACAAACUAAACCUCCUAUUUGUAAGCAUCAUGCUGUACUUGUAAAGCCUUCAAUGUGGUCAGAUGAUGGAAAAUCAGUGCCGGAAUGUCCUGCUUUGUCUCCUAAUUUAUCUCGAACUGAAAAAUAUUCUGAAAUAAAUCUUCCUCAAAUUCCUAGCAGUAUAAAUAGUAGUUUAUUAAUUGGCCUUGGAGAUAAUUUUGCGCAAGAUGUGCAAUCAAGCGGGAGAUCUCAACACUCUUUCAAAACUAGUCAUUCUUGUAAUGCAACUGUCCCAUCACCACCCAGUAUAAAUAGUCAGUGUAAAGAAAUUUUCAACACAAAUUUGCAUAACUCUUCAACUAGCCAAAUUAUUCCAAAGUCAAUUACUGGUGAAGAAUUAUCUCCUGCUAAUAUUAGUGAUAGAAAUACUAAAUCAAUCAGUGCUCCUAGAAUGAAAAACUCAAUUACUGAACUAGUAGCAACAGGUAAAAGUCCUCAAAAAAAUUUUGAUGGUUUGUCUCCUGAAAAAUCACCUAUUUGUCAUUCAAUUAGUGAAACUGUGAAUUAUUGUGAUAGUUUAAGCUUUCGGAAUACGAGAAAUUAUUUUUAUGAUAAAGAAGAUAUUCCUUUUACUCCUGGUAAGGUCUUGAGAACGAAGCGGCAGAUCGAGGAAAAGAAUUUAACUCGGACGACGUCUUUCGACAGUGGUUUUCCAUAUCGAGCACGCUCUAAUCCGUCCACGCCACCUGAAUCUGAUGUGGGUGUCGGUAAAUUGAUUCGAAGGUCGCACAGUCUGAGAAGUGACUGCAGACCUGCUAUGCCUUUUUCUGGCAAAUGGUAUCCCCUUCCUGCUUUAGCUUCAAAUGCCCCUUUUACAAUUAAGAAAAACAAUGCUAUAAGUCCACAGAAUAGUGCAAUCAAUCUUAGUGUCAGUACCCCUUCAGUUGUAGAGGCUGUAAACAGAGUUAUCUGUGGAACUCAAGAAGUCUUGUCCAGUGCCAUUCAUUUCAUGCCUUCAGAAAGGAAAGUGUCUUCCAUGCAUUCAAGUUCAGAUUCAGACUUUGAAUUUGGAAGUGCUACAUCUCUUCCAGAAGUGGAAGCUAACGAUUCCACUUUUGGGAGUCCCCCGGUGCAACGUGAAAGUCCAAUACCUGGAUUAGUGCGUCUGCAGUGCGAACUUCUUGAAAAUAAAAACAUGAAAACUGUCAAAGAUAAGUGUGGUAGUGAGCAAAUGAGAGUUAAGAAAGAUGUGUCAAAAGUAUCCUUAGAACAGGGAUGCUCUCUAGUCAUUUCCGAAUCAUCAAAACCAGAUGACAUCAAGGAAAGCGGCAUAGUUAAGCGACUUAAACAAGAACUUGAAGCCAAAUCCGUUUCUGAACACAGCAAAAGGGAAAGAAAUUCUCUUUCCGAGGUAGAGGGUCUUGAGCAAUAUGAGAGUAGGCUUGCAAUGGGUAGUUUACAACCUAUUGAGCGACAAACCUCUGCUCCCAACAUGGACUCUUCCUUUGAAAAUCAGCCACCUAGACUGCGUCCACGAUUGUCUUCCUCUGUCGGUAACAAAGCAACAUUCGAGGAUCAAAAAGCUCCUCCCACUCCUCACAGAAAAACAAGCUUGGACCUCAGUUUUGUACAAAAAAGAUUCCCGCUCAAUGUAAAACUUAAUUCUCAGUCAACCUUGCCUAUGAUAAAGCCAAAUUCUAGAACUACAUUUAGAUCAGACUCUAAAACAUUAUGUGAACAAUUGGUUGAUGAUCAAUCUGUACCUUCUAUAAGGUUAGCUGCCAAAUCAAGUACAGGUUAUAUUGCAGCAGAAAUUCCUCCUCCGCCGCCAAUAUGCUUGCCUAGAAAAAUGCGAAAACAACAAGGGAGCACACAUCCUUUAACUAAAUUAAUAAAACCGAGGCAUCCUAAUCCACUAUAUAACACAAUGUAAAAAAAAGUAAAUUAAAAGCAUAUUUUUGUAUAUGAUAUUAUAAAAUUUUGCUAAAUUGAUUAGUAUAUAGUUUAAAUUAAUUUUUUUUUAAAAAUUGUUAAAAGUAUUGUAAAUCUUAUUAUUCGCAAUUUCAAACAUUUUUCAUGGCUGCUUAAUACAGCAGAAUAAUUUUUUUUUUUUAAAUUUCCUCUAAGUCUUUUUUCCCUUUAGAAAUGUAUGAAUUAGAUACAAUUUAUAUUUUUAAUAUAAUCUGUUUAUCUCCUUCAUAGUCUUUUUGUUCCCCUUGAAAGAUAUAUAUUUAAUUUAAUCUGGAUCGUAGUAUGCUGAAGGGUCACUUCGAAAAUUUUUUAUUUCUUCAAUGUUAACCCCUGGAAAAUUUUAUGAAUGUAAUUUUCUUAUUUUUUAAAUAACAUAUUAAUAUUUUUAUUUCAUCUUAUUCAUGGAAAUGUGAUUUAAGGAAACUAAUUACUAAUUUUUAUUGUUGUAACUAUGUUUAAAAAUUCUAAAAGUUCAAAUUUUAAAAAACGUCUUACAACCUUAAAAUUUAAAUUUUGAUAAAUAAAAUCAAUCAAACACAUUUCAAUGGAUAAAUUGAAUCAAAAAUUGUUUCAAAAGUAUUAUAAUGUUAUUUAACAAAUAAGG